AUGUAUACUGGCAAACUUGACUUGAGUGAACAUGCUGGCUCUGAUGUCCUCAAUCUUAUUUUAGCAUCCGAUGAAUUGCUUCUUGAUGAAUUGGUUACUUCAGUACAAGAGUACCUGAUUAAAAAUCAAGCAGAAUGGUUACAACAAAAUUUAUUUAAGGUCCUUCAAAUAGUGUUCCAAUUAGAAAGUUGUAAACUGCUCCAAAAUUAUUGUUUAGUAACUAUUUGUGAUGAACCAGAUUUUUUUUUUGAUUCACCAAAAUUUCCAACAUUAGAAAAAAAUGUUCUACUAAGAUUAGUCGAAAGAGAUGAUUUACAAAUAGAUGAAACUGAAUUAUGGAAUUAUCUUAUUAAAUGGGGGAUGGCUCAAUCUUCGGAAUUGAAAGGAAAGGAGAUUAAUAAUAUAAGGAGUUGGGAUGAAAAUGAUUUUAUGGUUUUAAAAAGUACUUUGAAUCAAUUAAUUGCUCACAUUCGAUACUUCGAAAUUUCAUCAAAAGAUUUUCAUAGUAAUAUUUGGCCACUUAGGAAAUUGUUACCUGAAGCACUCUUCGAAGAUAUUGUGUCAUUUUAUAUGGCAAAUAUUAAACCUGAUCAAUAUAAUUUGGCUUCACGGGCUUCACGUCAUGUAAAAGUAACAGUUGAUUCGUUAAUCAUAAAACUGAAACAUGCGUCUAUCCUUGCAAAUUGGAUUCAAAGAAAAGAUUAUAAUGCAAAAAUCCGCAAUGGAAAAGAUUUAAAAAAUAUUAAAAUUAGUCGAGUUAAAACUAGUGAUUUUGCGAUAUAUGAAUGUAGUGAUCAAAAUAUACCAUUUAAUUUUGGUAAUAGUGAUUUGAUUAUUAAUAAAAAUUCUGGUACAAGUAAUCAAAGGCAUUAUGAAAGUAGUAUUUUAGAUACAAAUAAUUUUAGCAUCGAAGAAAUGGAGAUUUUUAGGUUUAUAAAGGAUUAA